AUGCCUCCUACUCAAAAAGGUGGCAUGUCUGUCGCUGUCCAGCGACUUCAACAAGAUUAUCUUCGUCUUGUUCGCGAUCCUGUUCCAUUUGUCACCGCCCACCCUCUUCAUUCGAAUAUGUUUGAGUGGCAUUACCUUGUCCGAGGGCCUUCGGAUUCUCCCUACAGCGGAGGUUAUUACCAUGGCAAGUUGAUUUUCCCAAAAGAAUACCCGUUCCGGCCGCCAUCAAUAUACAUGAUCACUCCCAAUGGCCGGUUUGCCUGUAACACAAGACUUUGUCUUUCAAUCAGUGACUUCCACCCAGAUUCGUGGAAUCCAGCAUGGUCUGUUUCUACAAUUCUCACAGGUCUGCUCAGUUUUAUGCUGGAAGAUACUCCUACGAUGGGCAGUAUAACGACGUCAACUUAUGAUAAACACGUUAUGGCCAAAGAAAGUGCUGAAUUCAAUCUAAAAAACGAACUUUUUGUGGAACUUUUCCCUGACGUCGUGAAGGAGGUCAAAGCGAAGCGUCUGGCAUCACGAACGGGGAACUCAUCGUCGGGAAAUCGCAGUGGCAUCCCAGGUGUGGCGGACAUGGAGGAAUUCAUCAACGUUCAACGAGGAACUGGAGGUGCUGCCGGCGGCCAACUACCUUUCAUCGUUGUCUUCAUCCUCUUUGGCAUCUUCGCCAUCUCCGUCAAGAUCGUGAUGGAAUUCCUCGGGGAGCCAGUUGGGUGA